AUGGCGAGUGGUACAAAGAGGCCGCGGCUCGGGCGGGAUGAGUCCGCCGUGGAACGACAGAUGCGGCAGGUGAUCCGGUUUCUGGCGGACGACUCGCUGAAGGGCCGCCAGCCGGGCACCUUCGGGGAGGAGGUGGCGGCGGCCUAUGUGGCCGCGCAGAUGGAGGAGCUGGGCUUGGCCCCUGCCGGCGAGGAUGGCACCUAUUUCCAGGCAGUGAAGAUGGUGGGGCUGACGGCGCAGCAAGAGGCCUCCAAACUGGCCUUCCGGGUGAAGGACUUUCAAAUCACCGGGAAGUUCGGGGAUGACUUCGUGCACUCCAUGGACCAUGUGGAAGGCGCACCUCCCAGCUGCCUGCUGGAGAGCCUGGACCUGGUCUUCGUGGGCCACGGCGUGCAUUCGCCGGCCGGCCUUGGCUGGGACGACUUCAAGGGAGAGUCCGUGGCGGGCAAAGUGCUGCUGGUGCUGAUUAGCCAGCCGCCGGUGGAGCCCUUUCCCAAGGAGGACAUGACCUACUAUGGUAGGUGGACCUACAAGUUUGAGGAGGCAAGGAGAAGAGGGGCAGCAGGAUGCCUGAUUCUUCACUUCAGUGACGAGUUCGCCGGCUACCCCUGGAGCGUAACCCGCACGGGGUACAGCGGAGAGAAGGUGGCGCUGGCGGCGAGCGGAGCCGGCGGAGCAUCGCACCCCUUGGCGCUGCACGGAUGGCUCACCCGGGUCAUGGGGGAGAAGCUAGCAGAGGCAGCGGGCACGUCGCUGGACGCCUGGGUAGCGAGCGCCCAGCGCCCAGACUUUCGGCCCUCCAAGGUGGGCUGCGUGUCCCACAGCGCGGAGUACGCGGUGCGCUUCUUCCAGGGCCGCAACGUGCUGGGCGCUCUGCCGGGGCUCAGCGAGAAGCAUCGCCACGAGGCCGUCGUCAUCGCAGGGCACCACGACCAUUUGGGCGAGCGCGAGGGUGAGAUCUACAACGGUGCUGUGGACAACUGCACGGGGGUGGCCAUGAUGCUGGCGACGGCGCGCCUGUUGCUGGAGUCGGGUGAGGCUCUGGACCGCUCGGUCAUCUUCAUGGCGCCCACGGCGGAGGAGUGCGGAUUGCUGGGCUCCGAGUUCUAUGCCAAGGCGCCGACGCCCAUCGAGCCCAACGGGCCGAAGCCGCAGUUCCUGGCGGCCUUCGCCUUCGACGUGGGCAACGUCUGGGGCAAGACGCGGGAUCUGUCGGUGCUGGGCUUCGGCAAGAGCACGCUGGAUCCCAUCUUGCAGGAGGCCGCCGCGUCGCUGGAGAUGCGUAUCAUUCCAGACCAGCAACCCAAGAUGGGGCUUUUCUACCGGAGCGACCACUGGAGCUUUGUGCGCUGCGGAGUGCCUGGCUGCUGGUUCUUCUUCGGAAAAGAGUUUGUGGACAAGCCGCCGGGAUACUUCGAGCAGGUGGUGGGCAAGUAUAUCCAAUCGGAGUACCACAAGCCUGCCGACACCUACCGCCCGGAGUGGACCAUGGAGGGCCUCAAGUCGCAGGUGGACUACACGGUGGAGGUCGUGCGGCUCCUCUCCCGGCGCCUGGCGCUCUAUCCCAAGCUGCUGCCCGAGAGCGCCCAGAUCCAACCGCCGCCGCCGGUGCCGGACAUGCCAGAUGGCCAGUCCUGGAGGAGGCGACCAAAGAAGUCGCUGGGGUUCGGCCUGAGAUGCUUCGACUGCAAAGUUGAAGGAUGUGCAUGCUUUCUGUGA